AAGAAAAACAAGCUUUAAAUCCAAGUAAAAAAUUUCUAUAAAUAUUAACAACAACAACAACAAAAACUAAACCAAAAAGUUUAUCGAUACUUAAAGCUAAUUAGUGCAACUAAAGUUAGUUUAAAACGUGCAAAACUGUGAAACGAGUAGGACGGCCAUCAACAAAACAUAAACCGAACUCCAAACACCAUCACCCCACCCCCCCGCAGUAGAGCAAUCAGCAGCCAUGGACGACAUGCCCGAUCUCUCGCAUUUGACACCCCACGAGCGCAUGCAGAUCGAGAAUGUGCUCAUGCGGCAGAAGCAGGAGGAGGAGGCACAGAAUGAGAUAAUGCGUCGCAAACAGGACGAGGUUGUCACGCUGGAAAUGCAAAUCAGGCAACGCUCCGAGCAGCAAAAGAAGGCCGGCGUCGAACUGGAUGCCACCUGUCACAUAUGCCUUAAGACCAAAUUUGCCGAUGGCGUUGGACACAUUUGCCAUUACUGCAACAUACGCUGCUGUGCCCGUUGCGGUGGCAAGGUGACACUACGCAGCAACAAGGUGAUUUGGGUGUGUAUACUCUGCCGCAAGAAGCAGGAGCUGCUUUCCAAGACGGGCCAAUGGAUCAACAAAACAGGAGGCCAACAGGACGGUUUCAUCCGCCGCAUCGAGCCCGAUGGCAGCAGCGACAUCUCGCAGCAGGCCAUUGUGGAUCCGCAUGACACGACGGAUAAGCGACCCAAGCUGGAGCGUACGCGCAGUGCCGCCGAAAAGGAGAACCUGCCCAUGCAACGCGCGGGCAGCAUGCUACGGAGGCAGUACUCGCAGCAGGAGCAGCCCACGAAUCGCCGUUUAUCCAUCUCGGACAGUGGCAUGGAUCCUAUGAUGAGCCCGGGGCAGCAUCAACAGCAUCAACAGCAGCAGCAGCAGCAGCACCCACAGCAGCAGCGUGGUCGCAUGCAGCCCAUGAAUCCGCAGCAGUCACAGCAGGGAUACGGGGGCUAUGGCAUGCAGCAGCAGCAGCAACAGCAGCAGCAGAGAUCGGGUGGGGCAUAUCCAGAGGAUGAUCCGCGUUACUAUCAGGGCGAACUGGAUGGCUUAAUGAGGCAACAUCCACACCUGGCGCAUCCCAGCCAAGUGCAGCCGCAACAUUCGCAACAGCAGCAACAUCCACAACAUCAGCAGCAUCCGCAGCAUCCGCAGCAGCAGCAGCAACAACAGCAACAGCAUCUCAUGCCGCAACAGCAGCUACGUCAGUCACCGCAGCAACAUCCACAAACGCAGCAGCAGCAGCAGCAUCCGCAGCAGCAUCUACAACAGCAGCAACAGCAACAGCACGCACAGCAGCAACAUUCACAGCAGCAACAAUUUGCGGCGCGACAGCAAACGUACCAGGCACAGAUACACACACCACCGCAAUCCCACAUGCAGCAGCAACAGCAACAGCAGCACCAGCCCCAGCCCCAUCCCCAUUCGCAGCAGAUGUCCAUGUCCCAGCAAAUGGUUGGCGGCUACCAGAAGGCGCCGCCGCUGACUCGCAACCUGACCAUCAGCGGGGGACAUGCCAUGGAUAGCAGCACCUACGGCCAGCAUCAGCAACAGCAUCAGCAGCAACAUCGUAGGCCGCAGUAUGCCUCACAGCAGCAGCGAUCCUUUAGCAGUUCGGAGGAAGAGUUUCAGAAUCAAUUGCUGCAGGCACAGGCACAGGCAGCAGGGGCAGGAGCCACUGUCAGUGCGGGCUCCGAUUACGAUGGCGGCCGUCUACAGGUGCGCACCUCAGUGGAUCCCUGGCGCCAGCAGCGAAGCCUCAACGAGCGCGAUCUACUGAGCAGCAGUGCCGGCGCCACUUCCAGUGACUACCGCCUGUUGGCGCACACCAGCCAGCGGCUGUACGCGUCGGCGGAUCAGCGCGAUCGCUACGAGCUGCAGCUGCAGCAUCGCGAACGCUUGGAGCAGUAUCCGUUGACCAGGACCGCACGGCUUGACGUGCAGCAGCGCAACUCGCUGAAUCGCACCAAUCACGAGCGACAGUUCGGCGUAGGCGGAGGCGGAACAACGACUGGCGGGGUGACUGGUGGUGCUGGCGCCUACCGACGUGCCCCGCCCUUGGCCGCAACCGGUGGCGGUGGUAGCAGCAGCAGCAGCACCAGCAGCAGCUACUAUCCCCAGGGCCAGUCCAAGCCACAGAUUGUGAUCGGUUCGGGAGCCUAUGAUCGUGGUGGAGGCACCAUGUCCGCUGAUCAGAGCGGCGGCAGCUCGAGGGGCAGCCUGAGCAGAGAGCGGGCCCUGUUGGGAGCCAAAGGCUUGGGCGGUGGCGGUGGCAGCAGCUCUGUCAGCUCCACGGAGGCAGCCUACUGGGAUGAGCCCGCCGGAGGCAGCACAUCCUCCUCAUCGGCGGCCCAGGAUUCGCGCCGCUUCACCGAGCGCAGAAUAAAGAAGACAGUGCGCUUCGAUGCCCACGAGGAUGAGGCCUCCAUUAUGGCCGGUGCCGGAAUGAUGGGCAGCGGAUCAUUGCCACCGGUGACCACCAUUCUGCCCUCGACUGCGGUGGAUGUGGGCUCGGCGACGCUAUUGACCAGCGGCAAAAUGGGCCAGGGACAGGGACCACCACCCAUGGAUGGGGCUAGUGCUGGGGACUGGGCACGAUGGGAGGCCGAGCGGCAGGGCAGCCAGGAUUCGGCUACCAAGGACUCGGGCAUCGAUACGAGCAGCACCUUCACCAGCAGCGAGGACUCAAACCGCGGUGACGGGCCCAAGAAUCCGGUGAAUUGGCAAACAUCCGCGGAUAAUACUCGCUUGAUUGGGCACAUGAUAUUACGUAAAUACUAUGAUGGGGAAGAUAUAUUAGGCUUAAAGGUCAACGGCGGCCAGCCCAUCGGAGGAGGAGGAGGAGGAGUGGGAAUAGUAGGAGGAGGACCAUUAGGAGCAGGUCCAUGCGGUGCUAUUGUGGAGAAGGUGAAACGCGGAUCGGUGGCCGAUCUAGAAGGCCGUAUACGACCAGGCGACGAAAUCAUCGAGUGGAAUGGCCGAAAUUUGCACAACAAAAGCGCAGAUGAGGUCUAUGAUAUACUCGACGAGAGCCGCCUGGACGCGCAGGUGGAACUGAUUGUCAGCCGUCCGAUCAGUGGCAGUGGCGGCAGCAGUCAGAACGUCAGUCCCAGCAGUGCCUCCAACGCCCACAUCAACAGCAGCAGUAGCAGCAGCAGCCAACCGACGGUUCGCCGCUCCUCGGCCAACUUUCCGCACAGCGGCCUGGCCAGCAGCAUGGCUGGCAGUGCGGUGGUUAGCAGCGGCGGGCGAUAUCUACAGCGCAAAGCCCCAGCAGUUGAGGCCAUUGAAAUCCAUCGUGAUAAGCCGAGUGUUUUGAUAACCUCACCCGGCUCGCCGGAUAUCCACGUAACUGCAUCGGGAUCGUCGGGCAACGGGGUACGGAGUCAACGUGGCGGCGCCUCGCAGCAUAUACAGCGCCUGGGACCCAGCCACAGCACUCACAGCCACAGCAGCAGUGGGAGUGGCAGCGUCAGCGGCAGCAGCACCACCAGCAGCGUACACGCAGCGUCCAGCAGCCUUCAAGGCGUCACCGUUGCCGCCGCCGUCGCCGCCGCCUCCGUGUCGAAUUCUUCCUCCGCCCAAGGCGGAGGUCUGCACGGCACAACGACGGCGGGCCACCAUCAUCAUCACCAUUGCCACCAGCCAUUGCCGCCCGCCGCCGCCCACUUGCAUGGCAUCCACGGUCCCCUGGGCAUGGGUAUGGGCAGUGGGGCGGGUACGACAACGCAACCGAUACCGAUCGAGGGGCGGCUGCAGCUGAAGCUCGGCUACGAUCAGAACACACUCCAGCUGAUUGUGACGCUGGUGUGUGCCACAGGCCUAUCCCUGCGCCAGAGCGGAGCGGGCCGAAAUCCCUAUGCAAAAGUGUUCCUUCUGCCCGAUCGCAGCCACAAAUCGAAGCGACGUACCAAGACGGUGGGCACCACCUGCGAACCACGCUGGGCCCAGACAUUCCUCUACUCGGGCCUGCGACGCUGUGAUCUUAAUGGACGACUGCUUGAGGUGACGCUGUGGGAUUAUGUGCGUUAUGGGGCAAACGAUUUCAUCGGCGAAGUGGUCAUCGAUCUGGCCCAUCACAUACUGGACGACGAGGCCGAAUGGUAUCAACUGCAGCCGCAUCAGGACACCUCCUAUCUCUUACGUGACGAGGGCAGCGAUGUGGACGGCCUGAUACUGACACCGACAGAUCAUUUAUCACCGCCGAGCACCAUGUCGCGUAUGAGCGACUCGGACACGACGUCCGACUGUGACAUCGAUGGAAUGACGCCGGUGGCCAGCAUCUCCUCGAUGGGAAGCUCGGCCAGUCCGCCGCCCAUGCUAGAGCUCGAUCUAAACGAGCGUCGAUCCAGACGCGACAUGUCACCGCAGGGCCGCAAACGGGUGGCCGGAAUGGUGGCCCGUGAUUAUCGCACUGUAUCUGGCAUUGGACAAAGUUAUCACAAUCAGGCAUCUGCCACGGGCUACUAUCGACGCGGCGGCGGCGGUGGAAUCGGUGGUAAUGGUGUCGGCGGCGGCGGUUCCUCCUGCAUGGGACCCGGUGGCAUGAGCCUCAGUCAGCGCAGUCAUUCGGCGGCACCCAACGACAGCUACCACAGCGGCGGAGUGGGCGGAGCGCCCUCUGGUGGACCAGGCUACGGCUACAGGAGUACCAGUCCGCGUCGAGGCUCAUUGUCGCCACCAGACGAUCGGUAUAUAGACUAUCCAGUGCUUCCAGUACACGGCUCACCCAACGCACCCUCCGUAUAUCCGGGCACGGGUCCGGGCCACACAGCCACAUCGGCCACACAGCAGCAGAGAUUCCAGUCGCGCUCGGCCACAGCCACGCCCACAGGAUCGCCAAAGAAGAGGCAACUGCCACAGGUUCCUCAGACGUCUCGUAGCGCCAUGCUGCGUGACCGGCUGGGCCAGGACUUUGACGAGCGUCUGGCCUCGGGCAGCCGCUUUGGGCGGCAUCGCACACGCCAGCCGCACCAUCAGGCCACCUACCGCAGCACUGGCAUGGGCGGCUGGGAACGCCACUACACAGGGCUGUCCGACAGCGAUCUGCACUCGAUGGACGCACGCAUGCGACCGCGCCACUCGCUGUCGCCGGACAAGGACUUUAUGGGCGAGUUCGGUGACUCCGAUAUGGAGUCGGUGGUCAGUGUGACGUCCAGUGCGUUCUCCACGCAGUCGGAGCGGCCACGCACCUCGCGGGGACUCAGCUUCGCCCACAACUGGCGCAAUCUCUUUGGCGUUCGCAACAGCUUUUUGGGCGGUGCCAAUGGAGGACCCGUAACUGGACUGCGGAUGAUGCAGCAUCCCUUGGAUGCAGCCAAUCGUGCCAACACCAUUGAGGUGGAUGACUGCGACUACCUGUCGCAUGUUGCUGGUGGCGGCACACAACAGCUGCUGCUGCUGGAGCAGCUGGAGCAACUGCAGCAUUUGGCGGCCAUGGCGGCCGCAGAUUCCCCACCCAUUUCGGCGGGACUCGGACUCGGAGUUGGAAUGGGUUGUGGGAUGGGGAUGGGAGCACCGCAACGUGUCCUGGUGACGGACGCGAAUAGCGGCGAACUGGUGGAGCAAUUCUUUGUGGAGCCGGCGACAGCUGCUGAGGAGACGUCGGUCAUUGAUCCGCUCGAUCCACUCGAACCACUCGAUCCUCAUGUGCAUCUGCAUCCGCAUUCCGUCUACUAUUCGCCUCAUUUGUCCUCAGCAGUCACCAACAACCACCAUUCGUCAUUUCUGACGUCCAACGACAUGUUCCAACGACGGCCCAACGGACAGACACCACCCAACUCUGCCUCCGCCUCCGCCUCAGCCUCAGCCUUUGCUCAUGCCUAUCCGCUGCCGCUGCCACUGCCCAGCUUUGAGCAAUUCAAGCGCAUUACCACGCCCGUCAUGAAUCUCUUCCGCAGCUCCUCGCCCAUUCCCAAUGUCCACGCCCACGCCCAUGACCACGCCCACACGGUAUCCUCCUCGCCCAGCUCGUACGUGGGCUAUGUGCGGGAUCAUCUGGACAAGAGUUGCAGCCACUGCCAGAACGGCAGCCAGCCGGUGGUGCUAUCGACGAACACGGCUCUGGCCAUGCCCGGACUGACAAUCGGAGCCUGUACGGAUCCCUGCUGCCUGGUGGACGCGCAUCCGCAUCCGCAGCAUCAACCGAUCGCAUACCCGUACAGUGCGGAGCAACUGCUGCGCCGCCCCUCGCUCUCCGCCUCGAUGUACCAGCCGAGCAGCUCGGAACCCUCGCUGCCCACCAUGGACCCGGCAAUGUGCGGCGAGUGCGUCGACCAGCACUUCCUGGGCGGCCUCACCGGCCCCCAGGUGAACCUCGGCGCCGUGCCCACCUAUCACGUGCACACGCCUACGCCGACCGCCCAUAGGCGAGCCAAGGCGCAGCUGGCGGCGCCUCCGUCGCUGCCCACCCAGUCCGUGCUACGUCUGUCGCGCCAGCUGAGCGAGGACGCCCUGGUGUCCGCCGUGCCCAUCUCUGAGUCGACGGCCAGGGCGCAGCCCACCUCGAUCCUGAAGAAGCCGAAGCUCGAGCGCCGACGCAUGUUCCACGAGGGUCAGUCGCGCUCCCUGGACUACGACGAUCUGCACAACAAGAGCUGGGGCCGUCGGCGCAUCCGCUACGAGGAUGAGGUGGCCCAACACGAGGCGGCCGCCUAUCCUUAUACCCAUUCCUACCCCUAUCCCCACUCCUCGACGUCCCCGGCGGAGGGACAGCUGCCCAUGUCGCGGCGCUACGGCUCCGAGACGAACAUCCGGCAGUCGUACAUGGGCGCCAAUGUGGAUGCCCACAAUCCGCUGAGCCACUCGCAUUUCCUUGUCACCGACGACAAGAUCGUGACCAUCACCUACGACUCGGAUGUGGGCUGGACCCGCCGUGGCGUCGCCCCAUCCCUUUUUCGCGGGCCGCACCGACAGCAGCGGGGAGCCAUGUCGCUGGAUUUGCAACGGACCAAUCAACAGAAGCUCUACGGCCCGGCGGCGCCGUAUCUGAAGCGUCGGCGGAAUCUGCCACAUCCGCCCAGUGCACAGAAUGCGCACAAUUUCUCGCCCAUGGAGGCACGGGACGGUGGAUCGACGGGGAUGGACUAUUCACUGUCGCAGCAUGGUGGCGAGCAGCGGGGCGGUCAUAAUGCAAUCGGAAUCGGAAACGGUAGCGGGGGCGGGGGCGGUGGUCAACACAACAAUAUGAACAGUUACAGUAACAGUACCACACUCAACCACCAAUCACACCACCAGAAUCACACCACAACCACCAACCACCACCACAAUAGCCAACAACAACAAGCGAGUAGUGUUAGUGUUAGUCAAAGUCACAACAAAAAAGGGAAAGAAGGCAUCGCUAUCGGCGGAACGAUGGCAUCAUCGGAGCAACAGACGAAAUCUAGUAGUGGGAGCGGUGGUGCAACAUCUGCUGCCGCUGCUGGUAAUGUCGUCGUCGGUGGUAAUAAUGCUAAUAAUGCUUCUUCUUCCUCUUUUGCAAAUCCCCCACAACAACAUCAUGGUGUCGCUAAUCAACCAAUUACAACAAAUGCAUCACCCAACACCAACACGAACACCAACAUUAACAACUAUAACAAUUACAUGAACAAUAACAAUAACAACAACAACAACCGUGCCCAAUCAUCAUCAACAACACCACACCAACAACAACAACAACCGAACACAAAUUCAACAACAACACCAAUGAACACAACAACGAAUGACGUUAACAACUUGACUCAUGACGCAACAAAUCCCACACAACAAUUACAACAACAAAAUACAUGCACAAAUCUCAUCAACAAUACAACAACAACAAUCACAAAUUCAACAACAACAAACACAUCGUCGAAUGCAACGAAUGCGGCGACAACGACGACGACAACAACGACAACUUCAACAACAACAACAACAACAACAAUUGCAACAAAUGCUACAACAACUGCCACAAAUCCAACAACGAAUACAAAUACAACAAAUAAUACGAACGAUACAAACGCAACAACAACGAACGAUGCGGAUGCGGACGCGGAUGCUCCGCUCGACGCCAUCGACUGGGAUGCCAUCGAUGCCAUGUUGGAUGACGACUUCAGCGAGUACGACAAGGACAAGAACGGCACUGGGGGCGGUGCCAAAUCCACAGAAGGUGGCGCCGAAGGAGAAGAUAAAGCUGAUGGAAGCCAAUCGGAUACCGCUAAUGAUCGCAAAAAAGGCGGCACCGUGGACCAGGAACGCUCGCCAAAGGGCGGCAGCGGCAUGGGCAAGAAAUCCAAUUCCACCUCACAGCUGUCCGCAACAGGUCGUAAAAGACGUAUGGGCUUUGGAAAGAAGGGUAAGAACUCGUUCACGGUGCAUCGCAGCGAAGAAGUGCUGCCCGGUGAUAUCACGCGCGAGCUGCGCGGUGGCGGUGGCGUCGUGGCAGCCGCUGGUGGUGCCAGUGGUGCUGCUGGCGGAGGAGGCGUUGGCGGCGGUGGCCUCUCGCGUGGCUCGUCCUCGGAGGCGGAUGCCAUUGAGCAGUUUUUCGUCGAUGGUGCCGGUGGGGAAAGAUUCUCUCCCUCGUUGCGCAAUGAUGGAGCCCUCAAUGAGUUUGUCGAGGGCCUGGGACCAGGACAACUGGUGGGUCGCCAGGUGCUGGGUGCACCCUCACUGGGCGACAUUCAGCUAUCGAUGUGCCAUCAAAAGGGCUUUCUAGAGGUGGAGGUCAUACGAGCCAGAGGAUUGACGCAAAAACCCUCAUCGAAGAUGCUGCCCGCUCCGUAUGUGAAGGUGUAUCUGGUGUCGGGAAAGAACUGUGUGGACAAGAUGAAGACAUCGACGGCGCGUCGCACCCUGGAUCCGCUCUACCAGCAGCAGUUGGUGUUCAAGCACUCCUACGCUGGUUGCAUACUCCAGAUAACCGUUUGGGGCGACUACGGGCGCAUCGAGAAGAAAGUGUUUAUGGGCGUUGCUCAGAUAAUGCUCGACGAUCUGAAUCUGUCAAAUAUCGUGAUCGGCUGGUAUAAGCUCUUUGGCACCACCUCACUGGGUCGUCCGAUUGUUUGGGCCGGUGAAUCAGUCAUAAUGGAGGAGCCGGGUGAAUAACACUUUCCAACACUAACAACACCAAAACCAACUACAACAACAACAACAAUAAAAACAACAACAACUACAACAACAACAACCACAACGAAAACACUUUAAGCACCCAAGCACAAUUCCAAUUCCAAAGCGAACUCAAAACUGAACUGAAUUCAUAACCCUUGCAAAGAGCUGCCAGCCAGGCAGCCAAAUAGCAAAGGACCAAGGUCAGCCUGCAGCAGCGGAAGCAAUGCGGCCGCCGCCCGAUGAUCCCCAUUCGUCAUGUUGCUGGCCCAAGCUAAGUCCAAAUCAGUAAUUUUUUCUAUUCUACAAACAAAGGAGAGGAGGAUUUCCAAAGAAAAUAAAUUAACCAAAAAACGAGAAAACCAAAAACGAGAAAAAAAGAGAAAAUAUCUAAUUUUUGUAAGUCAUGAAAACAAAUGCAUUUAACGAACCGAGAAACGAGAACCGAGAACACAGUAAAAUGAUUGAAACGUAACUAUGGAAAACAGAUACAAGAUAGAUAUACAUAUAUGUAUAUAUACGAGGUCAUAUAUAUUAUAUACAUACAUAUAAACAUACAUAUAUAAUGGAUAACAUUUGACAAAAAAAGGAUACUUGUAAAUUAUGCAUAUUUAAAUUAAUUUUUACUACACACCUAAGAUCACUAUUAUUUUCGUAAUACGAUUAAUACGUUUAUUAUUACUUAACAAAAAACUAUUAUUGAUAAACGAGAAGGAGCAGAAAACCAAUAACCGAAAACCAAAGAGAAAUUAUGUAAGGAGAGAAAGUUCAAGUGCUGUCAGUCAUGCCUAAGCCAACGCUUAAGCUUGAGCAGCGUGCGGAAAGGAAAUAUAAAAUGUUUAAUAAAUAAUUAGCUAAAUCUAAAUCGAAUAUCUGUAGAAGAUUUUCAGACGAUGCGAUGGCAGUUAUUUAAGUAUAUAUACAUACAUAUAUAUAUAUAUAUAUAUAUUAAUAUAAAUCUAUAUAUAUAUAUAAAUAUAUUUACAGUUUAAGCAAGCAAAGAACCACUAACACUUAAAUAAGCCUAACUUACGAUUAAACCUAAACUUAAAGUUCAAGUUUAAGGUUUGGGUAACUACAAAAACGGGAGAUUAAUUCUAGAGAUAUGUAUAUGAUGAGAUGAAUAUGUAUUAAUCGAACAACAACCACAAAUAUUUACCAAGCGAGAGAUGAGCAAGUUUAACUUAAUACAAAUUCUCAACUUAAGCUGUACAUAGGAUCAAUCCACACACACACAGCAUAGACACACGUUGCAUAGACACACCACAUCCGGACAUUCGAUUGUCGAUUGUCGUUCUUUAUAGGCUUAAUGGAAAUUAUUUAGCUCUGCGCUCCGGCAAAAACUCCGCAGCAACCCCAAAAUGUGCGAGUUUUUGCCGGCUAGCGAUGGGCACACACACACACACACACAUACACACAGCUAUGUAUCAUAUAAUUUAAACUAGAGCAAUGAGAAACUCUCUCUCUCGAUCGGUCUCUCUAUCUUUCUAUAUAGACACAUACUAUCAAAUACUAUAACGCGAUUUUGUUGUAGCUAGCCGCGCUUCCCCUUUUCACGCUUCUAGAGAAUCGCUAUAGAAUCCGUUUGCGCCGCUGACUCGGUUCCAAUCAAUUUGCCUCGAACAAAACGCAUCAAGUACCUUCAAGUUAAUAGUGUGAGCUGUAAAAAUCGUUACCUGCUUGCCAAAGACACAUACAUUACAACAUACAUUAACACAUAGCGUCGUAACACAUUAGCAUAAAUGGAAAAGUAAUAGGAAAAAAUGGAAUAGAGAAAGGAGAAAAACCAAAGAUAGUUUGCAAAUUAAUAUUACAUUUAUAGUUUGAGAGAUACUCCAUUGUCGUUCUUUUGGUGCAACAUUUUGCAAUGCAUUCCCAGAGGGGAGGAGACACCGCAAUUGGUUCACUUUAAAGGAAACAUAUCACAGGCCUGUGACAAACAGACAGACAGACAAACAGACAGAGUGAUGGAUGGGAGCAGUUUACUUUUAUACAUACAUAUAUAGUGUACUCGUAUUAGGACUAUAGUCAAGCAAAUAUAUAAAUAAUAUAUAUACGAGAAACGUAGCUAUUGUUCCUAUCCAGUAAUUUAAUGUUCGUUCUUUUUGCUUCACUCAUGGCUACGGAUAUUAAUUUGAACCUUUCCGUCCAUUCAUUCAGCUUUCAACACACAACAAGAUAAAGUUAAAUAUAUAAUACAUACAUUGCAUACAGGUGCAUAUCCAUCCAAGCUGCAGCCUCCUAUAUCAGAACUACGACAACUACAGAGAUACGUAAACAAUUGCCAAAUCACGCAGGGGAGAAUGCAUUCAAAAUGUUGCUACAAAAAAAAAAACAAGAACAGAGGAAAACCACACAUUAAGAGGAAAGUCAGAAGAUGAAGAAAAGAAGAAGAAGAAAAAACUACCAGCGAGGUUUCCAGCAACUAAUUAUACGAUAUAUAAAUCAAAUCAGAGAUACAUACCUACAAAAAACAAGCAUACAGACAUUAUAGAUAAUCAGAUUUGUACACUCCACUCCGAUAGACACGAACUUCAUACAAACUAUUCUAUGAUAAAACUCUCUCUCUAUCUCUAUCUUUAUCUUUGUAUUGUUUCCACUGCUCUCCUUCAGAAAAAACAUUCGAAGUUGCUUUAAUUAAUCAGCAAACCAGCAAAGUAUAUGAACAGGAAGUGCAAAAGAACGGCGGCAAGAGCCGAAGUUGAAAUGCUCUUUCCGUUUACAAUUGGAAUGAUAGGGAAUUUUAUAGGAAAAACAAUUAAGUUUACACUUCCUGAGAUACAGUUGCGGAAAGGACAUUUUCUUCGUUGAGACAUAAAAAGAAAAUUCUUAUUAGAAUUCCUCUAGAAUUCGUUACAUUUAAGUCACACAAAUGACAAAAGCAUAUAGAAAAUGUUACUGAAGCAAAUGAAGAUAUAUUACGGCAAGUUAUUUCAAGGGCAACCAAAAAACAACAAGAAACAAAACAGAACAAAACAAAAAUGCUAUCUACACAACAACCACAAGAACAACAGAAGAAUAUAUCAUUUAUUGCAAAUGUUGAACACAAAAUUGAUUAGGAGGCAGGGGCCAGCGCUCGCUGGGCGCUCUGGAUACCUUGUAUUGUAUUUUAAUAUCUCGACAACAAUCGAAGGUCGAGAAACGACAAUAAACUGUGAAAAGAAUAUGUAAAAAACAAAAACAAAAAACAAAAACAAAACCAAAAAACUAAAAUUAUAUUAUUAACAAAGAUUUGCAGAGAAGGCAUUAUUAAUAUUGAUGAACACAGAAACUUGAAUUGUGUAAAACUAAAAACUAAAGAGAAAAUCUUUAAUGAAAAGCAACAUUUAAAUAACAAAACAAA